AUGAGUAGUGUUACGUUAAGUGGUGUUAAUCAGUCUGAUUUUCCUGUAGACAUUACAAGAAUUAAUGAUACACUAGAAACCUUAGUAUUGACAAAGGCGAACCUAAUAGGUGAAAUUCCAAAUAAGAUUUAUGAGUUGACAAAAUCAAUAUAUUUAUAUCUGCAAGGGAAUAAGUUUAACGGUGAUUUAAAUGAUAAUAUUAGAAGUCUGAUUAAAUUAGAUCAUCUUAACCUAGAUGGAUCGAAGCUGUCUGAUCCGAUACCUGAUAGUUUAUACUCACUGAAUAAAUUGAAAGAGCUUAGUUUAAACGAUAAUAUUAAAAAUGUGAGGUUAUGUUAUCUUGAUUUAAGUGGAUUAAAUCAGUCUGGAUCGAUACCUGAUGGAUUAUAUUCAUUGGCUGAAUUAAUAUGUUUGGAUCUUUUAGAAAAUAAUAUUAAUGGUAGUUUAUCGUCUAAUAUCGGUAAGUUGAUUGAGUUAAAUAGUCUAGAUCUGAGUAUUAAUGAACUAAGUGGCACUAUACCAAAUGACAUUGGUAAUUUAGCUAAUCUCGAAGUUUUAGAAAUCAAAGAGAAUGAGUUUGAAGGUGAUAUUUCUGAUUUGAGUGGUCUGAAAAAAUCAACCAACGAAUAUGAUAACACUAGCUCAAUAAAACAUAAUCUGAAUGCAGCACAUGAUGAUGAAAUGUUACCUCAAUUUAUUAGUAAGGAAAAGUGUUCGAUUAGACCUGCGAUUGUUAUGAUGAUGGUGUAUAUAGCUGAGAUAGAGAUAAUGUUAAAUUAA